AUGUCCACCAUGACUGUGCUCCCUUGGGAUGCGGAUAUACUGUUAAAAAUAACCGACUCGCUCACUAGUGUAAGAAUACAAGCACUUCAACUGAUAAAAGAUGCAAUUUCCAACCUCGAAUCCCAAAAUUUCCAUGACGAAAUCAUGGCUUUGUUGCCAGUUUUACUUGGAACCUACGAUUUUUACUCGGAUACAAACUCCAGGAACGCAGUACUGGAUACAAUUGAUGCCGUUGCAAGGCUAGGUAGCCAGUUUAUGGACAAAAUUGUGGUUUUCCUCGACAAAAUCACCUCAUCUUCAAAGGUUCUGGCCGUCACAGAUUACUUGACUUUGCUUGCAUGGACCCACCGAGUCCUCACUAUAAGCUGUGAACUGGAAACCUACUCAAAUCUUGAGAAAAUCAUCGAAAUCCAGGCAAAAUUGCUUGUUCUUUGCACCGCCGACUGCAAAUCUCAUAGACUUCAGCAUCGAAACCGAGUGUUUAAGUCGGUUGUUUCCAGCGGAAAAAGCGCUGUUUCAACCGCUGUUUCAACUUCCAAGUCCUGGCAGAAUGUCAUACAGGCCUAUUUGAAUAUUAUAAAGUCGUCUUCACCAGAUUGCAGUCUUACGCUUGCAGGUGUGGUCUCAGAAGCCGCCGAUUCGUUGGUUCCACUGAUCCCAGCGGUGGCAGACUUUUUGCACAAGAACUCCUCGCUCGUUUUGGAGUGUUAUACGACCGCUCUUCUCGCUAAAAUUCCACCAUCUUCAACGUCAACUGCCAUUUUUGGCUCGUUUAUCACGAAACACAUCGACGAAGACUCAGUCCAGAACAAAAUAGCACCUGCGAUGGAGAAGGCUAUUCUCAGGUCGUCGGAGAACUCGUUUAACGUUUUCCUUCCUUCUUUUUUUCACGCUUUAAGCAAAAAAAUCGACCUUUCGCAAACGGUUUUAAACACAAAAUUGUUCACCAAUAUCGUUAGCGGCCUCAAAUCGACCAAGGAAUCGGUAAGGAGCGGCGCAGUAAGAGCCUUAAAGCUGGCGUUGCUUUUGAUAAAGGUUCCAGAAGCCAAAGUUAAAGUUACAGAUGAGAUUAUAAAGACAUAUAAAGCAACAUCUUCUGUCGAAAUCAAAGCCACUAUUAUCAGCAUUCUCGAAUAUUUGGUACCAGGACAAGCUUCCAACCAUGUGGUGGAGGGUUUGCAUGGCUUACUAGCAAAAGAUCAAAAUGAAGUAUCUUUGUCCGCUGGCGUGAGGGUAUUCUUCUUGCAUUUGAUCAAAGGUGAUGUUCCCUUAUCUUCCACUUACGAAACUCUCGUUCUGAAGGGACUUCAGGAAAAGAAACCCAACCUUCGUAAAGUGUGGAUCGUUGAGCUUUGCAAUAUCCUGGCCAAUAAUGGCGGAAAUUCAACGUGCGACAGCCUCAUAAGUUCAAACUCGUCGGUUCUCAUCGACACCGUACAAGAAGCACAAAACUCCCCAAUGCCUUCCGUGAGCAACAGGGUGCUUAUAGGAGCAUAUGCGGUGCUUUCUAUGGGACUGAUAGUGCAAAUUCCUCAGUCUGUGAUUAUCGGCUCCAUCAGCGGUGUCAAUGAAAAACCAGCUAUUCUCACUGAUUUGAAGGUGCUCACAAAAUUAGUUUCGGAGGAUAUCGCCUGGGGUAUCAAAGCUUUGCGUGAAGUUGACUGUUUAAGCAGUGUUUCUGAAGAAUUUCAGACCAAAUAUGGCGAUGCUUGGACAUUUUUCGCAACAUCGUCAGAACCUUCUCACAGACUCGAGGCAUUGAAUUCUCUAAAAUUGCUUGUAAGUACUCCUCUUGUGAGCGAGCUUAUAAUCAGGAGCAUCUACAAAGCACUCAGCGACCCAGAAAGUCCUAUUCCAAUUCUCAGGUUCUCACCUUUGUUGUCGGUUCUUGUCACAAUUGACAAUGAGGAAUUGCGUUCAAAAAACGCUGCCGCUUUGCUCAUAGCUGCUCACGAUGAACGGGUUCGCACGAAGGGAGCCUGGAUCGGAUUGUGCCAGCGAUCGCAGAUUGACAUUGGAAAACUUGUGGAGAAUCAUGGUCACCAAAUGGUGGAAAAUGCUCUUUCUUUUGAACAUUACGACAAGAAAACCAUCUUCAAAGCCAUUGCUACGCUAUGUUUUAUCAAUCCCAAAGUCAUUGCGCCGCUAGUUACGACAUCCUUGGUGAACCUCAUGAAUCCUGAAAACAUUGAUUUCGACGAUCUACAAAUCAAGAUAUGGAAAAGCACCUCCGAGGAGCCCGUAGUUGAUGUGCUCAGCAACAAAAAGAAGGUGGUGGACAAGAACGACAAGAACUACGAAACGAACAAAUGGGAAGAAGAGCUUCGACAAGAGCUUGCAAAGAAAGGAAAAGUCAACAAAAAGCUAACCAGAGAAGAACAGAAUAUGGUCACGGAACAACUAGUGAAAGAAGCAUCGAUUCGCAAAGAUGUUAACAAAAAAUUCACCUCCAUUCGCUCUGGUUUAAUUCUCAUUGAACAAUUGAUUCUCAGCACAGUUCACGGAAAGGAAGGUAGUGAAUCCUUUGUCGACACUGGAGCUUCGUCUUGGUACCCAGCAGCUAUCAAAAGUAUCUUGGAUCUUUUGGGGUCUGAGAUUUUCAAGAAGUCUGACGUUUGGGAAUUUUUGGGUGCAAACGCAGUGAAUGUCUUCCUUGAACUCUCAAGACUUCUUUCGCCUCGGUUGGGCUCUCUCAAACCUUUUGUUGGUGUAGCCACUUUGAGAAUUAGGUCCAUUGCUGUUCCUGAAAACCUCAAAGACGAACCGUUGCUUGACUUGACAGGAAGAAUUCUUUACCGGAUGAAAAUCCUUUCCGACCAGUCUCCAUUGGAUCCUCUUUCGUUGAUGUAUGCGCUUCCUCUCUUGACAGAGACCCUUGAAAACGGUAUUAAAGUUGCAAGAAAAAAUGCUUCAAAGCCAGUGGUGACAUCGGAAUUUAUCCAGGAAGAUCCCGAAGAGGAACAUCUUUUAUUGGCAGUGGAAAUUGUCGGUGCUCACGCCGAGGCGUUUGAAGACGAGGCUAUUCCGAGAGGUCAAAUUUUGGCGGUUUUGAUCUCGUUGUUGAAGCUUCCUUCUCGAGCAAAACUUGCAAAGGAAACUCUUAUGGCGCUCUCUCAGUAUAUUAGUGUGAAUGCCCUGAUGAACGACUACGAGCUUCUUUUUGGUGGGUUACUUACAAACGAAUUAUUUGCAAGAAGUGCCAUUUUGGAAGCUCUCGAUGCCGAGUUUGACUUGUCCACCGAUAUGAGUUACCGCAACGAAAUUUGGAUAGCAGCGCAUUCCAGCGACAUACAAACUGCUGAACUUGCUGCUACGAUAUGGAGUGACAAUCUGUUUCAAGUUCCACAAGAUGGACCCAAGCAACUCAUCAAUUUUUUCCGCCAAACCGACUCAGAAUUGCGUCUAGCCGUCGCCAAGGCCUGGGCCGAUGCCGUGAGAAAUAUUGGUGAAACUGUUUCUGAGAGCAUUGAGUUGCUCGUGAACGAAUACCACGACAAAAAGAACCCUCCUCCGCCCACGUUGGACCGGUUUGGUUUGGUGAUCAAGAGCUCUAGCGACCAGAAAGAUAGAUGGGAACAGCGUUCUACCGUGGCCUUGGCAGUGAAGCAUCUUGCUGACCAGCUCACCAACCCAGCUGAUUUGGAGAGAGUGUUCAAGUUUUUGGUGGAGGAAGAAGCUCUAGGAGACAAAGAGCCCUUGGUUCGCCAGGAGCUCCAGGAUGCUGGAAUCGACAUUAUCGCUGCUCAUGGACAAGCCAGUGUGGAGAAAUUGAUUCCUAUUUUUGAAAGUUGUCUUGCGGCUAAGGACCAGGGUACGAAAGCACAGGACAGAAUCAAGCAAAGUGUCAUUAUUUUGUACGGAGCUCUUGCCAGACACUUGGAAACCACCGACCACCGUCUUCAAGAAAUCGUUGACAGACUUAUAGCCACUCUCGAUACACCAUCGGAGGAUGUCCAGCAUGCUAUUUCCGAGUGUAUUGCUCCUUUGGUGCCCACGUUUCCUCAUAAGCUCAACGAGUACUUUUCCAGGUUGUUUGACAAGCUUUUCAACGAAAAGAAUAUUGCAAAACGUCACGGUGCAGCCUAUGGAAUUGCAGGGUUGGUCAAAGGUUGUGGGAUUAAAUCGCUUGGUGAGUUUGGAGUGAUGAGAGAACUUGAAGAUGCCGCCGAAGAUAAGAAAAACCCAGUGAGAAGAGAAGGUGUAUCUUUUGCUUUUGAGUGUCUUUCGCUUGCUCUUGGCAAGUAUUUUGAGCCUUAUGUUAUCGAAGCAUUGCCGUUGAUUCUCAAGUCUUUGGGAGACCAGAGCCCAGAAGUGAGAGAAGCCACCGACUUGGCAGCUCGGCAGAUCAUGAAGAACACCACCAGUUUCGGAGUGAAAAAGUUGAUUCCGGUUGUUAUAUCCAACUUGGACGAUAUUGCCUGGAGGACGAAAAAAGGGUCAGUGGAAUUGCUUGGUUCCAUGGCAUAUUUGGACCCUACUCAAUUAUCGGCUUCUUUGUCCACUAUCGUCCCAGAAAUCGUUGGUGUUUUGAACGAUACCCACAAGGAAGUCCGGAAAGCUGCCGACCAGGCUCUUAAGCGGUUUGGAGAAGUUAUCCGAAACCCAGAAAUUCAAGCCAUUGUUCCAGAGUUAAUUCAAGCCAUUGGCGAUCCGACAAAGUAUACCGAUGCUGCGUUGGACAAGUUGAUUCAAACUCAAUUUGUGCACUAUAUCGAUGGACCUUCUUUGGCACUUAUCAUCCAUGUAAUUCACCGAGGUAUGAGAGACCGGUCAGCGGCCACCAAGAAAAAGGCGUGUCAAAUUGUUGGAAAUAUGGCCAUUUUGGUCGACACAAAGGACCUUCAACCCUACUUGGGUUCUUUGGUGGAAGAGUUGGAAGUUGCUAUGGUGGAUCCAGUCCCUGCUACUCGUUCGACAGCUGCUCGUGCUUUAGGUUCAUUGGUGGAAAAGUUGGGAGAAGGAAGAUUCCCAGACUUGAUCCCAAGACUUUUGGACACUUUACAAGACCCCAGUCGAAGCGGAGACAGACUUGGUUCUGCGCAAGCUCUCUCGGAAGUUAUAUGUGGUUUGGGUAUCGACAAGCUUGAGGAAUUGCUCCCCACCAUCUUGGUCAAUGCUGCUUCACCAAAGAGCCAUAUUCGUGCUGGUUACAUGCCACUUUUGCUCUUCUUGCCUGUUUGUUUCGGAUCGCAAUUCUCACCUUAUUUGAGCAGAAUUAUUCCUCCUAUUUUGACUGGCUUGGCGGACACCGACGAAGAUAUUCGUGAUACCGCUCUUCGUGCCGGUAGACUCAUCGUCAAAAAUUAUGCGAAAAAAGCAGUGGACCUUCUUCUCCCCGAAUUGGAGCUUGGUCUCUCCGACUCAAACUACCGAAUCAGACUCUCGUCGCUCGAGCUUACUGGAGACUUAUUGUUCCAAGUUACCGGUAUUUCAGGUAAAAACGAGCUUGUGGAGGACCAGUCGGAGUUUUCUGGAGAAGUCCGAAACUCUCUUAUCGAGGUUUUAGGAGAAGAUCGUCGCAACAAGGUUCUUGCGUUAUUGUUUGUGUGCCGUUCCGAUGUCAGUGGAACCGUGAGAAAUGCUGCUGCUGAUAUUUGGAAGGCUAUAGUAGCCAAUACUCCUCGUACCGUCAAGGAAAUUCUUCCUACUUUGACACAAAUCAUCGUCAGAAAGUUGGCUUCCGAAGACGAAUUCCAGCGAGAAAUCGCUGCCCUGACUCUUGGCGAGAUGGUGAGAAGAGUAGGUGCCAAUGCACUUGCCCAGCUCUUGCCUACUCUCCAGGAAUCUUUGUACUCGAGCGACCAAGAUGCCAAGCAAGGUAUUUGUAUUGCAUUGACGGAACUUAUCAAAUCUUCUCAGUACGAAGCUCUUGUCGAGUACCAGGAUGUGUUUGUUUCUGUGGUGAGAGAUACCCUCGUGGAUGGAGCACCACAGGUUCGGGAAGCAGCAGCGUAUGCGUUUGAAGCUCUUCAGAACCAGCUUGGAAAAGUGGUGAUCAAUGAAGUGUUACCCUAUCUUCUCACCAUGCUUGAUUCUGGCGACGAUUCAGAAAAUGCUCUCCUAGCCUUACAAGAUAUAAUGGCUACUCAGGCCGAUGUGGUGUUUCCCAUCUUGCUUCCUAAGCUUUUGGCUCCUCCAGUGGAUACUAGAGCACUUGCUUCUUUGGCUGCGGUUGCUGGCCAUGCCGUUUACCAGCGUCUUCCUUCAAUCAUCAACACUUUGGUGGACGAAAUGAAAGAUAAACCAGACAUUAACGUUAGUGAAUCACCAUUGACUCAAAUCUUGAUUUCGGUGACUUCUGACGACGGAGCAAGACCGCUCAUUACCCACAUUUUGUCGCUUGUCAAGCACCAAGACCCAGCGAAAAGAGCUGUCAUAUACUCGCAUCUCCAGCCGUUCUUCGACAAUACCACUCUUGACUACUCGAUGUACACGGCAGACAUGGUUUCUCAGUUCAUUUUGUCGUUGGGCGACUCUUCGCAACAAGUGGUCUCCGGCGCUUUUGCAGCUUUGAAUGCGCUCAUUAAGCACCAGCCCAAGGAAGGUCUUGACCGUCUUGUCAAACCUGCUAGACAAUCAUUGGAACUUGCUGGAGUUCGUGGAACUGACUUGCCAGGAUUCAAGUUGCCCAAGGGCCCCAACGCUAUUCUCCCCAUUUUUCUUCAUGGUUUAAUGUACGGAAAUGGAGAACAAAAGGAGCUUGCUGCUGGAGGAAUUGCUGAGGUUAUCGACAAGACUCCAGCCGACAAUCUUCGUCAAUUUGCAACUGCCAUGACAGGACCUUUGAUUCGUGUGGUUGGUGAGAAAGUGUCACCUGAUAUCAAGGCAGCUAUUCUCCAAGCGUUGACACUUUUGCUCACCAAGAUUCCUCAGUUUUUGCGGCCGUUUAUUCCUCAACUUCAACGUACUUUUGUGCGGUCUUUGUCUGACAAAAAUGACAAUUUGCGUUCCAAAGCCGUGGUGGCUCUUGCAACUUUGAUAGGCUUCCAGCCUCGGGUAGACUCGCUAGUUACCGAGCUCGUAACUGGGGCUAAGAACGCUGAAGAUGCUGGAAUCAAGGCAGCUAUGUUGAAGGGUCUUUUGGCUGCUGUGACGAAAGCUGGUCAAAAUAUGAACGAAGCUUCAAAAGCUACCAUCAUGACUCUUGUAGAAGAUGAAGUUCAAAGUGUUAGCGAAAAGGCUGUGGUAUCGUAUGCUCGUCUUCUUGGAGCAUUGGCGAAAAUCAUGUCCAGUGAAGAAGCAACUUCAAUGCUUCGAACCAAGAUUUUGGACAAUGCCAUGGUUGAUGAAAAAUUCGCAAUUCUUGCACUCAAUUCUUUCCUCAAAUACUCACCCCAUCACAUCUACGCCGAAGCAGUGUUGGCAAAUAUCUGUGAAUUCAUCAUUCGCUGCUCCAACUCAACGGUAGACUACAUCAGCGACAACGCUACAGUUGCUAUUGGAAAGAUAUUGUUGUUGCACAGAGAGAAAAAGUCUCCAUCUUCUGAAGAAUAUUCUGAUAAAUUUUUGCUCCCAGCAGACCUUAUCGUUUUGUUCGUUAACCAGCUCGCUGUGCUUGCUGCAAGUCCUCCUUCUAGCUCACCAGAUACCCGUCGUCUUGCGUUGGUGGUGAUCAGAACCGUUUCUCGGUUCCAAUACGACGACCUUAUCAAGCCAUAUCUCGACACAAUUGUUCCAGCUGUGUUUGUGUGUGUUCGUGAUCCCAUUAUUCCCAUCAAGUUGGCAGCGGAAAAGGCUUUCUUGGCGGUUUUGAAGUUGGUCGACGACGAACAAAUGGACUUGUUCAAGCUGUGGUUUUCCGAGUCCAAAACCUACCAAGCUGCAAACGGAACCCAGGUGCAACCUAGGUCCAUUUCCGACUAUACCAGAAGAGUGGGAGCCAGACUUGCAGCCGUGGAGAGAGAGAGAGUGGCUGCUGGUGGUGACGAAGAGACGGUUUAUUCUGACCGGAUCGAGGACGAGACAGAGGUGUGGGCUGUUGGAGGAGUUGACAUGAGUUGA